AUGUCAUCCAAGUCCUUCUACGCUCUCAUCGCUGGCGUUGGCCCUGGCACUGGUCGUUCCGUCGCCCUGCGGUUCGCUCAGAAAUACCCAGUCGUAUUGCUUGCUCGCCGACCUGAGAGUUAUGAGAGUACUCUUGCGGAUGUUCAGAAAGCGGGCGGUAAGGCAAUCGGAGUCUCCGCUGAUGUAGGCGACGCUGCGUCUUUGAAGAAGGCUUUCGAGACAAUCAACAAGGAAUUACCAGAUAGUCAACUCGCAGCCGCCAUCUACAACGUUGGAAGCGGCGGCUUUGCUAAGAAGCCGUUCUUGGAGCUCACAGAGAAUGACCUGAAUGCCAGCAUUGAUGGAUCCAUCCGAGCAUUCUUCAAUUUUGCGCAAGCAAGUAUCCCUCAUCUUCUUGAAGCAGUACCGAAUUCUCACUACCCUCCUACUCUAAUCCUCACGGGUGCCACAGCUUCCAUUAAGGGGUCCGCGCAGUUCAGCACCUUUGCAGCUGGGAAAUGGGGCCAACGCGCGAUGCAUCAGUCUCUUGCACGUGAAUUCGGUCCAAAGGGUGUCCAUAUAGCUCAUGCUGUGAUUGACGGAGUGAUAAAUAUCCCUCGCACAAAAGACUGGGCUGCUAAUGACGGUGUCGAGGAUGGAAAGAUUAGUCCUGAUGCGAUUGCUGAGGCUUAUUGGAAUCUUCAUACCCAACAUCGCUCUGCAUUUACACAGGAGAUCGAUAUCCGACCAUACGUUGAGAAGUGGUAG